AUGUCACACGACACUGGACAGUUCCCCAGUAAGUUCAUUGUUUUCCCGAAGAUACCCUUAUUCCGCCACUUGUUCCUCUUACAAACCACCGUCUUUCUCUUUUUCCUUCAUUUUCUCUGCAAAUUUCCUCCAUUUCUCUCUCUCCUCUUCUCCUCCAUUGAUCACAUUUCUCUCUCUAAAAAACUUUACUGUUUUUCCGGAUUCUCCACAAAAUAAUAGUAAUCCAUUUCAUCAAUGGCGCCUAAACUUACAAAAAGUCCCAGUAUGAGGGAAAGAGUUGAAGAUACUCUUUCUGUUCAUCGAAACGAACUCGUUUCUCUUCUUUCCAGGUAUGUGGCACAAGGGAAAUGUUUAUUACAACCGCAUCAUCUGAUUGAUGGACUUGAAAAUGUAAUCGGUGAAGAUAAAGGCAAAAAAAUUCUUAGUGAUGGUCCUUUUAGUGAAGUUCUUCGCUCUGCCCAGGAAGCUAUAGUUGUUCCACCCUUUGUUGCUAUAGCAAUUCGUCCAAGGCCUGGAGUUUGGGAAUAUGUUCGCGUUAAUGUCUAUGAACUUAAUGUGGAGCAGUUAACUGUAUCUGAAUACCUCUGCUUCAAGGAACAACUUGUUAAUGGAAAGACUGACGAUCACUAUGUGCUUGAGCUUGAUUUUGAGCCUUUUACUGAAUCAGUUCCACGUCCCACACGCUCUUCAUCGAUUGGCAAUGGAGUUCAGUUCCUCAACAGACACUUAUCAUCAAUCAUGUUUCGCAACAAAGAUUGUUUGGAGCCGUUGCUCAAUUUCCUUCGAAUGCACAAACAUAAAGGACUGGUCAUGAUGUUGAAUGAUCGUAUACAAUCUAUAUCCCGUCUUCAGUCUGCCUUGUCAAAGGCUGAGGAUCAUCUAUCCAAGCUCCCACCAGAUACUCCAUGCUCAGAAUUUGAAUUUGUACUACAAGGCAUGGGUUUUGAAAGAGGUUGGGGUGAUACUGCAGCCAGAGUUCUAGACAUGAUGCAUCUUCUAAUGGACAUACUUCAGGCUCCUGAUCCCUCUACAUUAGAGACCUUCCUUGGAAGACUUCCCAUGGUGUUUAAUGUGGUUAUUCUAUCCGUACAUGGAUACUUCGGCCAGGCUCAUGUGCUUGGCUUGCCUGAUACUGGCGGACAGAUUGUUUAUAUACUUGAUCAAGUGAGAGCUUUGGAACAUGAAAUGGUUGAACGAAUUAAGAAGCAAGGACUGGAUGUAACUCCAAGAAUUCUUAUCGUGAGUCGGUUGAUUCCCGAUGCUAAAGGAACCACAUGCAACCAGCGGUUGGAAAGAGUUAGUGGAACUGAACAUGCCAGUAUCUUGCGAGUUCCAUUCCGAUCUGAUAAAGGAAUCCUUCAUAAAUGGAUAUCCAGAUUUGAUGUGUGGCCAUAUCUAGAAAGGUUUACAGAGGACGCGGCCAGUGAAAUUAUUGGCGAGUUGCAAGGUCGUCCGGACCUGAUAAUUGGAAACUACAGCGAUGGAAAUAUUGUUGCUUCUUUAUUAUCUCACAAAAUGGGAGUCACCCAGUGCAACAUAGCCCACGCAUUGGAGAAGACCAAGUACCCUGAUUCUGAUAUAUACUGGAAAAACCUCGAGGAUAAAUACCAUUUCUCUUGUCAGUUUUCAGCUGACUUAAUGGCAAUGAAUCACGCUGAUUUUAUCAUUACGAGUACUUACCAAGAGAUAGCUGGAACGAAAAAUACUGUUGGCCAAUAUGAGAACCAUACGGCUUUCACUUUGCCAGGGCUUUACCGGGUGGUUCAUGGGAUUGAUGUCUUCGAUCCCAAGUUCAAUAUAGUCUCACCAGGAGCAGACAUGACGAUCUAUUUUCCAUUUUCAGAGAAGGAGAAACGGCUCACUGCAUUUCACAGCUUCAUAGAAGAGCUCUUAUUCGAUCCUGAACAGAACGAUGAACACAUUGGCAUACUGGACGAUCCCUCAAAGCCUAUUAUAUUUUCCAUGGCAAGGCUAGACCGUGUGAAGAACAUAACUGGACUGGUGGAGUGCUAUGGCAAAAAUGCUAAACUCCGGGAACAGGCCAACCUUGUUGUGGUUGCGGGUUACAAUGAUGUAAAAAAGUCGAAUGACAGAGAAGAAAUUGCUGAAAUCGAAAAGAUGCAUAACCUUAUUAACGAGUACAAUUUAAAAGGACAAUUCCGGUGGAUAUCUUCUCAAACAAAUAGAGUAAGAAAUGGUGAACUAUACCGCUACAUUUGUGACAAACGAGGAAUUUUUGUUCAGCCUGCAUUUUACGAAGCCUUUGGGCUUACAGUUGUUGAAGCAAUGACUUGUGGUCUCCCUACAUUUGCUACAUGUCACGGUGGUCCUGCAGAGAUUAUAGAAGAUGGUGUCUCUGGAUUUCAUAUCGAUCCAUAUCAUGCUGAUCAAGCUACGGAAAAGAUGUCUGAUUUCUUUGAAAAGUGCAGAGAGGAUCCUAGCUACUGGUAUAAAAUUUCCGAGGGAGGGUUGCAAAGGAUUAUGGAAAGGUAUACCUGGCAAAAGUAUUCCGAAAGGUUAAUGACAUUGGCGGGGGUGUACGGUUUUUGGAAAUAUGUCUCUAAACUCGAGAGAAGAGAGACUCGACGUUAUCUCGAGAUGUUCUACAUUCUCAUGUUCCGUGAUCUGGCGAAGUCGGUACCUCUGGCAUCAGAUGACGAGGCUACUACGACGGAUGCAAUUGCCACAUUUCGUGGACCAUGAACAAUGUUGCGUUGUAUCGUGUUGUACGUUUAAGAUGUGUCUGUUUUCACUAAUUAGUGUGUGUAUGUGUGCUUGGUUUUCCUGCUUUUGUUUUGUGUAGUGUGAAUAAAGUCAUAAAGUAGUUGUCUUUAAUUGCUUCUUUAUGAUGUAUGAAUGCGAAUGAGAUAUGAUGCUAACUAAUGUAAAUAGAAGACCAGGUGUUCUUUUGAUGUACCAUGUAAAUAUAUAAAUAAAUUCUCAUUUCAAAAUGGUCUAACUAUGAGACGGUCUUAUAUUACGCUAA